AUGGUAUGUAAUUGAAAUCAAGUAUAAUGGAAAUAUUCAACUUCACAAAUGUGGGAUCAAACGUUAGACUAUCAGGAUGUAACGUGGAAUUCAAGGUUACUUUAAUAUUAUUUUCACAAGAUUGAAUUUUCAUUAUUUGUACAACUACGGAGAGUGAAGUUAUAUCAAAAUUAAGUAGAGUACUAACAGUUUAUUAGUCUGAUCCAGUUACCAUUAGAACUAGAAAAGUUAUUACCAAUCCACUUUUAUCAAGAAGACAAUUUGUCAUUGACGUUUUACACCCAAACAGAGCCAAUGUUUCAAAAGAUGAAUUAAGAGAAAAAUUAUCAGAAAUUUACAAAGCUGAAAAAGAUGCUAUUUCAGUUUUUGGUUUCAGAACUCAAUAUGGUGGUGGUAAAUCAACUGGUUUCGGUUUAAUUUAUUCAUCAGUUGCUGAUGCUAAAAGAUUUGAACCAACUUAUAGAUUAGUCAGAUAUGGAUUAGCUGAAAAAGUUGAAAAAGCUUCAAGACAACAAAGAAAACAAAAGAAAAACAGAGAUAAAAAAAUAUUUGGUACUGCCAAAAAAGCUGCUAAAAAAGCUGCUAAAAGAAAUGCUGAGUAG